UUUUGCCGGGUAAGGACGCAAAAGAUGAUGUUCGGCUUCGAUAUUUGAUUUCGUAUAAUAGUGAAAAUAUAACAAAUUAAAAUGUCGGGGCGUCGAAUUGAGAUGUGGAAAUUGUUAUAUAAUUUAGUUGGACAAGAUGAAAUGCAACUUAACAAUAUUUUUGAUUCUGUGUCCGAAAUAUUCUGUAAUGAGCCUAGCCUUUUACAGUCGUAUUCAUUGAAUAAACAAAAUAAUGUAUUUCAAGAUACAUUCAUUCAAUGGUUAAUAAAUAAGCUCACAAAGUACUUAAUUGAGGAUAAUUCUGAUUAUGUGUACAGAAAGAAUAUCAAAUUGCAGGAAAAGCUAUUAUCAACUUGCUUUAGAAUUCGUCCCAUGUUAUUUAAAACAUUAAUUAAUUGCUAUUUCGAUGCUGUCAAUGUAUUGGCAAUGAAGGCGCCAAAGAACAACGCUGUUGUUGAGAGUGAAAGCGUCCCGCCUGUUGAAUUGAAUUCCUUUACAGCAACGGCGGAUGUGAUGUAUGAGACUAUACCCGAUUUUGGUUUUGAUGAAAUACGUGUGCCGUAUGAGAAAAUUGAAAAUUGCAUACAAGCUCAUUUGCUUAUACUUCGCAGUGCUGUGAAAACGGGUUGCUCAGUUUAUACAGCGGAUUUUGUAAUUGGCUUGGGCAAAAUGGAUAAUGUCAUUUUGGAUUGUAGCUUCAAGAACAAAUUAUUGGCAUUGCAUUAUGCUCAAGCAUUGUGUGAGUUUAACAAUUAUUCGGUGAAAUCAAGUCUGCCAAACAUCUAUCAUCCAUUGCUAUGUGCUGUGGCCAGUAUAUGGGAGGUAUUUCCCUACUGGUUAAGUAAUCAGAUGUUAACUGUAGCAAAUGUUGAAGAUCUCAUUGAUAGUACAAUUUUCAUUAUAAACGAUAUAGUUAAUUCAAUACAGACCAGGGAAUUUAAGUAUAAGAUAUUGCAAAUUGGAAUACAUGUAAUGAUUUUUAUAAUUCACGUACAAAUUUACAAACAACCGGUAAUAACACAAGUCGAUGAUGAAAAGUUUCGUACUUUAAAUUUGGCACUAGUGAACUUUGGUUGUACGCUUCAAGUCGAGUGUGGUCAAGCCACGUAUUUGCAGAAUAAUAUCUUGCUAACAAUUAAUGCUUUUGUUGACAUUUGUCCAGAGAUGAUACGCUUUUUAAUUAUAUUGCUUUGUAGCUAUGAUCCACCUGAAACUACAUCGGCGGUGUUUAUGAUAUUUAAUAAAUUUACAGAUAUAUUUAAAAGUUCUCUAAUGAAUACCGAGGAGUUGAAGUUGAUGGAGGAGUUACUUGUUGCCUUAAUAUACUUGGAACGACAAGGUUGCAAGUCAAAGCAAAAUAAAAUACUUGGUCGCAAAUUAACAUUGAAAUCGUUGCAAGAAUUACACAUUGAAUUUAACGCAAAUAUGUUUGCAAAAUUACCUAAACCUAAAGUGAAAAUCUUCGGCAAAGACUUCACAGUAUAUUUCCAAAAGAUAUUAUCGUUGAAAAAACUCGAAACUACAGCCGAACACAUCAAAGUAUUGGGUUUAAUAUUAGAAAGUUCAACAUUGCGCACCUUUUGCAAUCAACAAUUAGUGCAGAAAUGCAUUAAUUUCAUGUAUUGGUUUUUAAAUCAAUGUUUAAAUAGCAGUCCAGAACAGGAGCCAACUCGUUACAAUUGUGUAGAUAAGGUAUUUGAUACUUUUUGCAAGAUUUCUGUCAAAGGAUCCAAAGAAGUUGAGACAUUAAUGCAGAAGCGCGUGAAAGAAAUUGCCGAGAAUUCAUUCUGUUCAGCGCAAACUAAUGACUUGAGUAAAAAGUUAUGUAAAGUUUUUAGUCAGAAUUUGAUCAACUUAGUCAGAAACAAUAUUGUUUCGCGCAAAGAUAUUAACUACAAAUAUCUAGAGUACGCAAAAGACAAGCCAGAAGCGCUUGAAAUUAUGUUGAAAGUACUUGUGUGCACUGCAGACCUCAGUAAAUGUUUUCCUCUACUGAUUUGCCCAUAUACGGCAAAUCAAGAUAUGCGUAAGACAGAGUCUCUCGAUUACAAACAUAUGCAUACAAUAUGUACGAAAUGCACUGAAAAUACUCUCGUUCAUAUUACUAGUUAUAUCAAAGAAAAUAAUGCUAUUGUACUAAAAUGGCAUGCGGAUAUUCCUGAGAAAUAUCGGCUUGUGUUAAGCAAGGGUUUGCAAAUGGUUAUAUUUGAUGCGCUAGUGAAGAGCCCCGAUUUGUUGUUGAUUGGAAAUCACUUCCAGCUUUCUGCACUUAGUGAAGUCAAUUUCAUUACUGAGCUUACAAAAGAAUCUCUUUUGAUGGAUUUAAAUACAAUUGGCCUCUUUAAAAUCUUAACAAAGUUAAUAGCUCAUGAAACAAACGUAGUAUCUGAAACAGACUUUUUGGGCCAGUUUGGACCAUUUUUACUUAAGCAAACAAUAAACUCUUUGCGUGCAACAAAUAACAAGAAACAAAUUCAAAUAUUACAAAUUAUUGGCUGUGUUGCAAAUAGCUCAAUUAAACUUGAGUGGUUAUUUCAUUUUUUUAAAAUGUCCAUGCUUUUUAUGGUGCACGCAAACUCAACUAUUGUGCAUGAAGCUAUUUUAAAAGCAACGGAGAUGUGUGCCUACCAGGACAUAGAACCGAUACAUUUAUGGAGUUGGUAUAAACGUGAUGCAUUGAAUUUGGUUGUGAGAUUGGCUGCUUACAAUUUCUUAACAUUAGGCGUACGUUUGACAAAGUCUGUAAACGCUGUUACUAAAAUGCUUGGAUUUUCAUGUGCAGCAGAAUUUAUAUGUAAAUAUCACCGGUUGUUAACCACUUUUAUUCUUCCGCUGUGUAUUAAGGAACCAAGAUGUAAAGGAUUGAUAGUACAAAUAUCAAUAGUUACACAAAAACCGAUAGAUAAAUUAUUUUUCACUUCAUUUCUACGUAUUUACUCGCAUAUUUAUCUUACGGAGGAUGAGAUUGUAGUUAAUAAAUGUGUGGACUUAAUUGUCAAAUGCACUGGUUCCAGCUUGCAGACAUUAAUGAACACAGAUGUUAAGCAAACGGUGUCGGAGUUUCUUAUAUACUUCAAUCGCAAUCCGCAGUUCGUAAUGAAAGCGUUCCAGUGUCUUUUAUUUCCCGAUACUGUCCCAUCACAAAGUCACAGCAGUUCAUCUUCGAGUUUAUCCCUGUUACAUACAUCAAAUAACGAAUUUGCUAAAUUUAUUGCUGAUCGUUUUCUAGGCGUGUUAACAUAUUUCGAAACUUGUAUCUCAGAUUCUAAUUUCGAAAAGCCCUUGAAAGAGGAGUCACUGUACAGUUUGGGACAGAUUAUACGUUUUGUUGGAUCCAGUAAUGUUACACAAUUCCGUUUUAAAAUCAUAGCUAUGCUGUGUUUUGUGCUAUCACUGAGUGAUAAAAAAUUGCAAACUAUUUGUCUUAAAGUGUGGAAAAUAUUCAUUCAUAAUGUAAAUAUUGAACAGCUUGGACCUUCGCUUAGUCAUAUCUGUGCUUCACUGCAGCCGCUAUUACAGACUAAUAAGAACGAAGUGAACGCUAUAUAUGAGUUCAUUUUAAAGAAUGACAGUUUGCUGGGUGCAUAUAUACCAGAUUUAUACUUUAUGGAAGAUACUGAAUUUGUCAGUACUGCUGUGCGUCAGUGCAUUAGUCGUCAAACUGAAGCUCUGAAAACAGAUAAAACUACAUUCAUUGAAAAAGUACAGUUCUAUUACAAGCAACUAUCUAAUGAAAACCUGCUAGUACGUAUUCAGGCCUUAAUAAGUUUACGGAAAUUUUUAUCUAACAAUCGUCAAAAAGUCAAUGAUAUGGUUUUGAGUGAAAUUUGUGUUAAUCCUUUGAUCGUGAAGAUCGUUGAUAUUUUAAUAGCAGGAUGCCGACAUGAGGAUAAUCAUUUGCAAUUAUUAUCUGGAAAAUGUUUAUCAGAACUUGGUGCUAUCGAUCCCAGUUAUUUAUGUGCAGAUUAUACAUUUCAACAAACAAAUGAAAUAUCUUUAAGUAUACAUACCGAUAGUUUUGCUAUAAUGGCUUUGACACAGUUAUGCCGAUCUUAUCAAUUCCAAAAAAAUACUAAAUAUGUGGACAACUUUUCGUUGGCAAUACAAGAAACUUUAUCGGUGUGUGGAGUUUCACCGAAUGAAGGUAAAAAGUUGAAUGUUUGGGAAGCGUUACCGUUACGUAUGCGCCAAGUAAUGGGACCCUUGUUAUCAUCUUGCUACAUUAAUAGAAGUCGUGACAAUCAGAUUAAACAACAUCCCUUAUUCAAUAGUCAUUACUGUCGCUCCUAUGAGGAUUGGGCUUUUCUCUGGGUAUCAAGAUUGAUUGGAUUUUUACGGAGUGACGAUACAAAGCAUUUACUCAGCUGUUAUAUACCUAGUAUGAGGCGUGAUCUUAACACACUCGUUUUAUUUUUUCCAUAUGUUCUAUUGCAUGCUUUGCAGGAAUGCAAUCCAGAUGAAACGAAACAAAUCUAUGAAGAAUUUGAAGUGAUUUUUCGUUUUUGUUAUAGCGGUCUAAGCAUACAAACACUUUGUGAUGUAAAUGGUAUUAAGGAAUUUUACUCAACUAAAUAUUCGGCAAGUUGUUCACGAGAUUCACAAAAAACUUUGAGAUCAUUGGUACAGUACGAACCGCUAGAAAAUAUCGCUCAAAUGUCUACAAAGUUGUGCUCCGAAUUAAUUGAUUUUCUGCAGCGUUGGUUGCGUGAAUGGCAGCGUACGAAUCAAGUUAAUGGCGAUGUCAAUCAUUCUGCAGGACACAAUCAAAUCAUAGAAGCAUUUAUUGCAAGAUUUGAUAAACAUUUAAUAUCAAAAGCAAAUUACACUUGCGGUGAAUUUGCUCGCGCACUAUUUUAUUUAGAACAGCACAUUGAGGAAGAGCCAGAAGCACGCUUGCAAGAGCAAAUACCACUCCUUAUUGAAAUCUAUGGUAGUUUAAUGGAUGCAGACUCAGUAGAAGGUGCGGUUUUUAUGAAAAAAACGAGCCUAAGCUUGUCGGAAGAAAUUCUGUUCAAUAGAAUCGUAGACAGACCUCAAGAAUUAAUGACUUGUUACGAGCAAAUAUUAUCGGAUGAAAGUCAACUCAAUGAGGAGCAUAUAAGAGGCAUGAUUAAUUGUUACUUGCGCGUAGAUACGCCUGAAACAGCUUUACUAGUUGCAGAUGGUCUCUGGCAUAAACUGUGCGAUCACUAUACCGAUGAUUUCUUUAAAGAGUGUAAAGUUGAUAUUCUUUGGCGUUUAGGUAGUUAUGAUGAGUUAGAAAAAUUAUUGGAAGAUAGUGUUGUGCGUCGCAAAACUACAAAUUGGAACAUACAAUGUGCUGAAACAUUCUUGCUAUAUCGACAGCCUAAUGAGGCACAAAAGUAUCCAUUGAAGGAAUUCAUGGAACGAUUAGAUUACAUACGCAGCAAUGUGCUAUCGAAUAUGCGUACUUGUUCGGGUGUGAAACAAAACUCGUAUCCAUUUUUGUAUGACGAGGUUGUUAAACUUCAUUUGUUGAAUGAAGUUGAAAAAAGCAAAAUGUUUGUUGAUCAAAUAACAACUGUUUUAACUAGAUACACAGACGACGAAUAUCAAAAUUGCAUAGAUAAAGUACGCCUUUUCUUUGAUGACUGGGAGGCUCGACUGUGUGUAAUGCCUUCUACUAUUCGCAUUAUGGAACCUGUUAUUUGCUUUCGUCGUAACUUGUUAAUUGAGUCAAAAAGACAGAUGUAUGAAAGUGUUUCGAAGCAAACCGCUUCCAAAGCGAUUUUAGAAGAGAUAAACGGUAUUAUGGAUGAAGAAAUUGGAAAAUUAUGGAUUCGCAGUGUGCAAAUGAAUCGUGAUGGUAAUUGUUUACAACAAGCACAACAGUCCAUAAUGAAAGCGAUAAAAUAUCAGCCGAAGACACUAUUCAUUGAGAAGGCAAAGUUGUAUUGGCAAAAAGGGGACCAGACCCAUUCGUUCAAAGUGCUUGUAGAAUAUUUACAAUUUAUUGAACAGAAGUGUAACAAAAACCUAAGGAAUUUGGAUCCAAGUGAAAGAAUUUUAUAUGCGGAGGCUAAGUUCUUACAAGCAACUUAUAAUGCUGCAUCUAUGAACAUUUGCUCAGAGCAAAAUAUAAAGUUUUUCAGAGAGGCAAUAUCUGGAAAUCGUCAUUCAGAAAAGUGUUAUGCGCAUUUGGCACAAUAUUUGGAAAAAAUUACUGAAUCAUUCAAACGUGAACAAGUUGACAGUGAAGAGAAUUGCAAGUUACUCUACGAAAUUAUGAUCAAUUAUGCCAAAUCCUUGAAAUAUGGAUUUGAAUAUAUAUAUCAGUCCUUACCACGAUUACUUAGUAUUUGGCUUGAUACUACGUCGCGUAGUGUUUCAAUUGAUGAAGCACUACCAACAAAUCCAAGUCUAAAAACUGUCGCCUCACGUUACACAGAUAUUUCAAACAAAAUGAAUGAACUGAUUAAUGGGUGUGUUAAUAUACUACCGACUUCUGUUUUCUACACUGCAUUUUCGCAGAUUUUAAGUCGUUUAUGUCAUCCAUCCAUGGAGGUCUUUAAAGCUAUACGUACCAUUAUUAUAAAACUAAUAACAAGUUUUCCGCAACAAUCGUUAUGGAUGUUGUUACCAACAAUUAAGUCAUCUCAUACCUUGCGUCUGAAACGUUGCCAAAUGAUACUUAAAGAUAAUCGACUUAACGAUUCAUCUUUUCAUAAGUUAUUAAAUGACUUUAGUACGUUAGUGGAGCGUUUAAUAGAGUUAACUAAUAAGGAGGUGCCAUUAAAUCAGACACAUGAAUUGAAUACAUUCGUAAACCAAUUGUCUAAACUGUUUGAAGGCGCAAAUUUUUCCGAAGUACUAUUGCCCUUCGAAAAAUAUAUGCAACCUUCUCUGCCUAUAACAGCAACUUCGACUUCAUAUACUCUUCAGUUGCCCAAUUCAGGAAGUAGCGAAAAAAAUACACCUACGAAUGCUAUACCUACAAAUCCUUUCCCUUACACACAGAUUUACAUAUGCAGCAUCAAAGAUAAUGUGACGGUAUUACGAUCUGCAGCCAGACCUAAGAAAAUUAGUUUCAAAUGCAGUGAUGGCAAAUGCUACGAUGUUAUGUUAAAGCCAAAGGAUGAUUUACGGAAAGAUUUUCGUUUGAUGGAGUUUAAUGGUUUAGUAAAACGUUAUCUGCAUCAAGAACCACAGGCACGUCAACGUCGUUUACGUAUUCGCACCUAUGCUGUUAUACCGUUUAACGAAGAGUGUGGUUUGGUAGAGUGGUUGCCAAAUCUACACUCAUUCCGUGCGAUUUGUAGUUCCUUUUAUCGCAGUCGUGGUCUUGGUAUACCGGAUAACGCUUUGCGGCAAUAUGGAUUGCCUAGAACAGACCCAAUCGAAAAGAAGCGCAAUAUAUUCCUUAAUACGCUAGUAGCAAAACAUCCACCAGUGUUUCAUGAGUGGUUCCGUCAGCGUUUUGUAACCCCACAAAGUUGGUAUGAAGCGCGUUCUUCAUAUGUAAAAACUAUUGCUGUUAUGUCCAUGGUCGGCUAUAUAUUAGGUCUUGGCGAUCGUCAUGGUGAAAAUGUGCUUUUCGAUGAGACAAAUGGAGAUGCAGUACACGUUGAUUUUAACUGUCUUUUCAAUCAGGGAGAAACGUUUGCCAUUCCGGAAUUAGUGCCUUUCCGUUUAACACAAAAUAUGGUAUUCGCAAUGGGUCCGCUGGGCAUUGAAGGCAUGUUUAGAAAGUGUGCUGAAAUUGCGCUGCGCGUGUUAAAGCAGGAAUCCGAAACUUUAAUGUCAGUAUUGCGUCCAUUUGUAUAUGAUUUAAUAGUUUUAAAUCGAAAUGUAAAUAAAAAAGUUGCUGAGCUAACAGAUCCAAAAGCUACCCUGGAUGUUAAACGCAUUGAGGAGCGUUUGAAAGGAUAUGUAAAAAAAAAUUUAUGUACGAAUCAAAUUAACCACAUGCCACUCUCUGUGGAGGGUCAGGUUAGUUUCCUGAUUUCAGAAGCCAUGGAUAUAGACAACCUUGCAUCUAUGUACAUCGGAUGGGGUGCUUAUUUGUAAUAUAAGCAUUAAAAUAAAACAUCACAUUUACAUCAUUAUUAUCAUUUAAACAUUUUAAGUUACUUUUAUAUAUUUAGUAUCUUAUCUGAAAUAGUACAAAUACGCUUAAAAUAAUAAUUACUUAAUUAUUAACGUAUCAAAAACAUU